CUGCAGUGAAGUGUUUCUCUACUCCUUAGAGAAGGACCAUGGACACUUUUCCAAUGGAGGUUUGUCUCUAUGCUGUUCAGCUCAUGGUUUGGUGUGAGCUGGUGAAAUCUGAGCCCAGCUGUGAUCAGACAGAGUUCUUCCACCCUAAUGGCACUUGUGUUGAAUGCCCUGUAUGUGGGCCGGGAGAACAGCUCUCAGAGGACUGUGGUUUUGGAGAUGGUGGUGAAGGUGUCUGUAUACUGUGUGAAGAAGGGACGUUCAGUGCAGAUACAAGUGUAGCUCCCUGCAUGCGAUGCACCCAGUGCAAUCUGCUUAACCGCCUGGAGACGACAGCGUGCUCACUCGCCAAUAAUACCCAGUGUGGUCAAUGCCUUCCAGGGUAUUAUGAACUCAGGAGCAUGACUGGGGAAGUGGAGCUGCCCUGUGUGCCUUGUUACAAUCAUGACACAGUCCAUAAAGCGUGUUUGCUUUUGACAGCUCAAGGCUCUAAAGGAGAGAGCGCCGUCGCUGCACCCAGAGGAAAAUUCGAAGACCCCAAAGAGAAGAGUGAGUAA